UGGACCCGGAUCCUUGACUUACGUAACACGACGUAAACUCCUCCCAGUCGAACUCUUUUGGAGUGAAUCUUCCAGUCAUUCUCUCCUUACCAACUACUAGUGCCUGCUACACCCGACGACAACACGGCAUUCCCCGAGAUCACAGCAAAAUGACCGAACAAGGGUUGUCAGACGAGGCCGCUGCAGCAGCUUGCAAAGAUGGAAACCCAAUUACGAAGGUUUGUAGCUGCGCGAGUAGCCUGUUGUUUUGAUGUCAACCGAAAUGAGUCUGUUCUGAAACAGAAGUUAGACCCUGAGGAUUAUCCUGUUUCAUAUUUUUGCACCUGAGCUCACGCACAGGAUUUCAUGAUGCAGCAAACUAUGCUAAGGGUGAAGGAUCCGGUGAAAUCCCUGGACUUUUACACCCGGAUCAUGGGAAUGACGUUACUGCAGAAGUUUGACUUCCCUUCAAUGCACUUCUCCCUUUACUUCCUGGGUUAUGAGGAUAAGAAGGAGAUCCCUGGUGAUGUGAAAGAGAGAACGGCCUGGACUUUCUCCCGGCGAGCAACCAUCGAGCUCACCCAUAACUGGGGCUCAGAGAAUGAUGAUAGCCAAUCUUAUCACAAUGGAAACUCAGACCCUCGUGGCUUUGGGCACAUUGGAAUUGCGGUGCCUGAUGUCUAUGCUGCUUGCAAGUUGUUUGAAGAACAAGGAGUCACCUUUGUCAAGAAGCCUGAUGAUGGUAAAAUGAAGGGGCUGGCAUUUGUACAGGACCCUGAUGGCUAUUGGAUCGAGAUUCUAAGUCCCAACAACAUGGUCUCCAUCACUUCCUAAAGAGGCCACAGAGGUUUCUCUCUCCAGAUACAGUGUCAUGUGGUGAUAUUUGGGAGAGGCAGUUGGAGGUUUUGCCGGCAAUUUAGAAAAACAGACCAAACAAGCAUUACAUCAAGGAUACUGAAGAACAAUACAGAAGAACAAGGCUCCUCUUUCUAUUGUUAUGAACGUUUGUUACAAUUUGAGCGAAGGGAUAAUUGUAUUGAAAUUGUGGUUGGAUUUCUCAUUUAGUUUCAUGGCCUAACGUUGGGUCAAUGCCCAUUUUGUUUGUCUUUAGCAAUGCCUAACUUAAGCUCUGGUGUUAAUAUGCGAUUAAGCUAUUAAAAGCUUUAUCUACU